CGCUCCUUCAUCCAUCUUCUCCCUCUUCUCUACUUGGUUUAAUUUCCAUCAAUUGAAUCGAUAGCAAUGGGUAUCUUCAGCCGCUUCCUCAAGCUAACCACCAUCGGAGGCGCCGCCACGGCCGGCGGUUUCUUCUGGUACACGCGCAACGACGUCUUCGUGCCGCUCCCUCUCUCCGAUCGCAUCUUCCACUCCGCCCGCUUCAACGCCCUCAAUCCCCUUCGCAAUCCUACCACCCACGAUCUCUGCAUCCGCAGAGUCCCCUUAUCAGACAUUGACCCCACCCUCCUCGAAAAGAAGGAGAAACUAGCCGAGGCCUUUUGCGCCGGAGUCUGGAGCGGCUGGGGCUACGCAUUCCAACGCGCCUACCUCGCUCGUAAAUACCAAGGCCCCGAAACCGCCAACCAGCUCUGGUCCCGCUCCGAGCUGCGCUCCUCGACCUAUGAACCCGGCACCCUGAUCACGGACCACUUCGAGGUCGUGGAGAAAACACCCAAUCGGAUCGUCGUGCGGUGCGGUGCGUCCCCGCGCGUGCAGGAGGUCCGGCCCUCUGACGGCCUGUUCGAGAUGUCGGUGGAUGUGAAGCCCGAUGAAGGCGUGGCGGAGUUUGGGCUCAAGAGCUGUUUCUUCCAGGGGUUGGGGAAGGCCGAGGCGCAGCCGAUGCCGGCGUAUAUUGUUUGGUUGCAUCAGCAGUAUACAAAGUUGUGGAUGGAGACGGCGAUUCGGAAUGUUUUGCGGUGAUUUUCUGUCUUGUUUGUAUAUAUAUCAACCCAUUGAACGAUCUCCAUCCGUCUUGUCUAUGCAAUGAACCCAGGAAAUUCGAUGUUUCGGAAGAUAACGCCAUCGAUACCCCUGAUCCCAUGGGAAUCAGAUCGGGAACUGGCAGCGGCUACAAGAUCUAUAGGCAUGUUUUCUUUUCGUUUUCCGGAUUCGCUCAAUCACAGACUAGUGUCGCUCCUGAUGGAUUGACGAAUGGGACAUGGCCUGGUCCUAUAUUGACAGGUCAUGUCAGACGGGACACCAUCAUGACAUGAC